AGGUGGCUAUGGACUUGGCACAUUAGGAUGCAGUAUAAUUGCAACAGAGUUGGCCUAUGGAUGUUCUGGCAUGCAACUGAUCUUGGAGGGUAAUACCUUGUCGGCAUCACCAAUUAUCAUAGGAGGAUCAGAAGAUCAGAAAAGGAAGUACCUUGGCAGACUCACAUCAGAACUUGUAUUUAUGUCUUAUGCAGUUACUGAACCAGGUGCGGGGUCUGACGUUGCGGGAAUCAAAACAAGAGCAGAAAAGAAAGGGGACGAGUAUGUGAUAAAUGGAAGCAAAAUGUGGAUAACGAAUGCUGGUGUGGCGGAAAAUUUCUUCGUGUUGGCGAGGACAGCGGAAGAUCCAAAGACAUCGGCUGGAAAAGCGUUCACUGGAUUUAUAGUCGACGCGUCAACUCCAGGUGUGACGGUAGGGAGGAAGGAGCAAAAUAUGGGCCAACGAGCGAGCGAUACGCGAGGCAUUACAUUCGAAGACGUAGUUGUCCCAAAGGACAAUACACUUGGUGGAGAAGGGAACGGAUUCAAGCUUGCUAUGAAGGCGUUCGAUAGAACGAGACCAAUUGUUGCAGCUGCUGCUGUAGGUGUUGCCAAGAGAGCUCUACACGAAGCUACAAAUUACUCUCUUCAGAGAAAAACCAUGGGAGUGUACAUCGCAGAGCACCAAGCCGUUUCACAAAUGUUAGCCGAUAUGGCGAUCAACGUAGAAGCAGCAAAUCUUCUUACCCUGCGAGCAGCCAAAGGUAUGGAUGACGGAGAGAAGACUUCAUUUGACGCUUCUAUUGCCAAAGCUUUUGCUGCGGACGUUGCUAUGAAGUGCUCUACAGACGCCGUGCAAAUAUUUGGCGGGAAUGGAUACAACACCGAGUACCCAGUGGAAAAACUGAUGAGAGAUGCAAAGAUUUACCAGAUUUAUGAAGGGACAGCACAAAUUCAAAGAAUUAUCAUCGCCAGAGAGAUGCUAUCGAAUGCUAAAAUGAAGAACCAUUAAGAUAAAUUGUCAUGGUUAAAUAAUUAUGAACUUCAAAAUUUACAAAUAAUUGAAUUUAAUCAAUAUAAGAAUUAUAAGCGAGGUCCUAUGCGAGAACAUCGGGUAUUUAUAAUCAUAAUAAUGAUAUGUCGAUUACAUCCCAUAGGCCUUUGCCAUUAUUAAUUUGUUAUACUAGAUCUACCGGUAAUUUUUAAUAUGAAUCAGGCACAAAUCAAUUUCUUCGUAAGACUUAAGCCAUUAAAAACCAAGAUGAAAAAGUA